AUGGCCAUACUCACGCUUGAUGAUUUUCCCGGUGCUUCUACCCCGUGUCUGUGCUCCACUUGUCCUCAGCCAGCAGGAGUAAAGAUAAAAGCCGUUCUAAUCUCCCUAGUCCCCAGGGUUUAUACAUUACAUCCCAGUGACUGGUUACCAAGGGCCUCCCAUAAUAGUUCAUUUAUUGCCACAGGUGGGUUGGACGUGGAGACAACAGGGAGGACACAAGUGGCAUUCCUAUACGACAAUGUCACUAUCGCCUGCAAGAUCCCUGGGUCCCCACAACUGGACAUCAAGACUGUGGGGAUCAUCUGGUUCUGUAAGAAUGCGUCGGCUGAAUCCGAGGCCAAGGUAUUUGAGUUUUAUGGAAAUCACCAAGUGGCAUUUCGCCCCGGAGCCAUGGUGUCACUGUCAGGGCUGAAAUCAGGAGAUGCCUCACUCCAUCUGCCUGGGGUCCAGCUGUGGGAAGCAGGAGAAUACCGGUGCAAAUUGGUGGUCACCCCUGAAAAAGCAGAGGGAACAACCAUGCUAGAAGUUGUGGCUAACCCAACCAUUAGAUUGUUUGUGAAACCAGCUGCAGUAAGUCACAAUGAAGAAAGACAUAUUGUAUGUGAGCUGUACGGGUUCUAUCCAGAAGCCGUUAGCAUCAGAUGGGAGAGAGGCACACCAAAGGAUUCCCACUUCCAAGAAAUGACUGGGAGCAAUGUCACUGGUCCCACGGUGAAGAAUAAGGAUGGCACGUUUAAUGUUACCAGCUGCUUGACUGUGAAGCCAGCUCUGGAAGACGACGGGACUGUCUACCAGUGUGUGGUGUUGCACAAAUCCUUGCUUGUCCCCCAGAGGCUCAAUGUCACGCUUCCUGAGAAAGGAUCUGUGGAUAUGUACUUUUACAUUCUUAUCCCCUGUGUUCUAGUGAUUCCUACAGCUUUUUUGUUUUUUCUUUGGAAAAGGUAAGAACCUUCAAGACCUGUCUGUAAUGGAAAAUGUGGCUUCUUUACAAAACUUUGUUGUGGUAUGAGAGUGUGUUUUUGUUUUGGUCCCAAUUGUGGAUUUGGAAGUCCUUUAUUCACCACUAAAAACAGACUCAGGCCGAGGCAUGGUCUUUGUCAGAUGAAAACAGACCCUUGAGAGGCAUGAGAUGUUUUCCAGCUGGAAACUACUUCAUGUGCGGGUUAUGGUUUUUGCCAUCUGGGGAAAAAAAAUCCUUGUUUGGACUCUAAGAGCAUAGAAAUAAGAUCACAGAGACAGAGAGAGAUCACUUUGCUUCGCGUCAUUGUGCUUUGCAUUGUUUGGCAUUGCUUGGCUUCACAACACUCUUAGAGAGAAAGGCUCCAGAGAAUGUUGGGAAGUUGUUGCCACUGUUUGCUGUUUGACUGGACUUCUGGAAUCCGGACAACUGAGAUUGGUAUAGCCCUAAAGAACCCAAUGACUGUAACCAGCAGGAAGUAGCUAGAGAGGUCUGUAUCCCUUCUCCCUACUAGCCCACUUUCUCUCCCAACUAGGGAUGGGGCGUUAGAAGGGAGGUAGAGGCAUUUAAGAACCUUAAGUAAAGUAGGUUUUUAAAAAAUCCAAGCCUACACCUGUGUCUUGAAUUUAGCUCCAAAUGUUCAUGACUAUAGUCACUAGACAGUGUCAGGAAGUUCUGGGGAUGGGUGCUGGGGUAUUUUGCAUUGUUUUCUAAUGUUGUUUUAAGAUUUUUUUUCCAUCUAGUCUCUUAUUUGUGACCCUGUGGAGAAGGUCUGUAGAGACUCCUUCUGUCUGUACACAGGAUACCAUUUUCACUAAUUUAUUUUUACUGUGACUUGUACCUCACCUUAUAAGUUGAUAUCAGAGCUUUGAACUACAUGUGGACUGUAAUGUUCUGUCACAUACAAAAUUGUCAGUGGAGAGAGUCAGUCCCCUCUUUGCUCAUAUUUUGUUAACAUCGCAGUGGGCUAACUGGCUACAUGUUUUCAGUGGCUUGCCUAAGAAUUUCUAAGUCCCUCAUAAAUGUUUCUAAACUAAAUCUCUGACUAUCACCAAGACAAAUGGGGCAGGGCAACUUCUUUAGAUGCUUAGGAGACCAGUCUAAAUGUGCUGGUUAAUGCUCUAGAUAGUUAAAUGGUUCUUAGUUACUUAUGGGUCAACCAAGGCAAAGGCUGUGCAAGGAUAACGCUUCUCCUUGCACUAUAUUAGGAAAAGUGAGGUCAUCAGCCAGGGAAAUAAGGACUGCUGGGGCUGCAGAGAUGGC